AUGGCAGAUCUCAGUGUGGCUACGGUGAUGUCGCUUUCUGGACGAGUAGGCCUUGUUACAGGCGGAGGGACGGGGAUAGGGUUCAGCAUUGCCAAAGUCUUCGCUGCAAACGGAGCCAAGGUGUAUAUCACCGGGCGAAGGCUGGACGUGCUGGAGAAGGCUGCCGCAUCUGUUACGGGCAUCCCAGGAUCCAUUAUCCCACUCCAGAUGGACGUGACUGACGAAGAACGCGUCAAGGCCUGUGCAAAACACAUCGAAGAAAUCGACGGCAAGCUCGAUAUCCUAGUGAACAAUGCCGGAACUGGCAGUUCCGUUCGCGAUCCUGACUUCAUCGCGAAGAAGUACGCAGCCACGGAUCCUUUUGAACCGGAGACAGUAGAGACCUGGACAGACAUCUUCGCGCUAAACACCAUUGCGCCAUUCUUCGUCAUACGCGCUUUCCAAUCCCUCCUUGUCAAAGGAGCACAUUCUCGCCCUCAAGGCACGUCAAGCGUCAUCAACAUCAGCAGCGUGUCGGCAAAGAUGAACAUAUCGCCCAUAAUUUGCUUCGCGUACAGCGCGACGAAAGCAGCUUUGGACAAGCUUACUCUCGUUCUGGCAACGAGCUUUGCUGGGAGGGGUGUCCCCAUUCGCGUGAACUCUCUGCAGCCAGGGGCGUUCGCGUCGGAGCAGCUGACUCCUGAGUUUAUGGAGGAACUCAAGACUGACAAGCCAAUGCCUGGGUUCGUCGCGCCGAUACCUGCGAGGAGGCAUGGGACGGACGCGGAGAUGGGGAUGACAGCGAUUUAUUUAGCAGUGUCGGAUUAUACGAAUGGAGCGGUUUUGAGCGUUGAUGGUGGAUUAUCGCUGGUUAAUCCUUAA